AUGGUUUCGCCGCCUUCCAAAAAAUUUUGUUUGAUAAAUCCGAAAAGUGAGAAUAUUCCAUUUUUCCAAAACCCAAUUUCGAAAGAAGAUGUUGUUUUGAGCUGGAGAUUUGAUAAUUUCAAAAAUUUGCUCAAAGAACAAGCCGAAAGUGGUGUUAUUAAUAUCGAAGGUUUUCAAUGGUUUGUGGGAAAAAAUCAGAAGUUUCAAAAACAAAAUAUUGUUUUUCAGGAAAAUCAAACUGAAAAGAUCCGAUGAAAAUGGCGUUUCAUUAUUGACAGUGACUACCGAAUUUCUUGGAAAUGACACUAAAAAAGAGAAUAAAACAUGGAUGUGUAACAGACUUCAUAAAUCGAUUCGAUUGAAAAAUGAUCGAGAUUAUACUGCGUGUUUCAAUGGAAAUGACACUAAUUUUGUGUCAACUGAAAGAAAUAAUUUUUCGGGAAAUGAAUCGUUGCAAAUCAAUGAUUUGAUUCAAAGGUUCAAUUGCGACAAUACAGUUACAAUUGAAAUUCUCAUCGACUUCAGAUAUUACGAUUUUUCGGAAAAUAUUCUUGGAUAUACUGAUGUUACGAUCGAGGCUGGCGGAAUCCAAUUUUUUGUCAAUAAAGGAGUAAGUUUGGGGAAAAGUGAAAAUUUUAGUUUUUUUAAAUCAAAAUUCAUUUAAAAAAAUCCUUAAAGACACAAGAGCACCUAGAAAUGAGCAGAAAAUGAGUUUGUUAUUCUUUCAUAACACCUUUCAAGUAAUCGAAAUUCAUGAAAAUCAAGAGAAAAGUUUGAGUCUAGCAAAAGUGAAAAAAUAAAAUAAUCUCAGAGAAAGCCGGCGACUAAUCGGCGACCAACAAGUUCGUCGCAAGUUCGUCGGCGAAAAUAGUGUGUGUUUCCCGGAGACGCAGACGAAAAAGUUUCAGGCGACUAAUCGGCGACUAAUCGGCGACUAACUUAUGAUUGGUCGCCGAUUAGUCGCCUGAAACUUUUUCGUCUGCGUCUCCGGGAAACACACACUAUUUUCGCCGACGAACUUACGAUUGGCAGACGAUUAGUCGCCUGAUCUCGAUUCGUCGUAAGUUCGUCGCCGAUUAGUCGCCGGCUUUCUCUGAGAUUGUUUUUGAAAUCGCUCAGCCGACGGAAAUUUCGAAAGUGUUUGCACACAGUGUGUCGCUAGAGCGCACAUGCUGGUUUUGUCAUUUGAAAAUAAAUGCGGGAAACCUGUUUUUUCCAGUGUUUCUUGUGUCUUUAAUUGCCACCAGAAAAUUGCCUUACCUUUUUCAGUAUAUCUGCACCGUAUCAACCUAUUUUUUCGAUCUUUUUGUAAAUCAACAACAUCCUGAUUCAACUUUAAAACACAUCAAUCUUGAUCCGGAUUCGAUGGCAUGUUUAUUAUCUUCAUUAUAUACUCCUCUGUUGUUCAUUCCAGGUAACUAUCCUAGGUUUUUCUGAAAAAAACACAAACAGUUUUUUUUCAGUUGGAAGAUUAGAACAAUUUAUGAGUUUGGCUGAUCAAUUCGGUGUUCAAAGUUUAAAAAUUCAAUGUCAAAAUACGCUGUUUUAUUCUUCAAAAUUGACAUUGUUUACAAAAAUCAAAUUGGCGGAAACUUUUGGAUAUUCUCAAUUAAUGGUAAUCACACUUUUUGAAAAAUAUUGUGAACAAAAAAUGUUUCCAGACGACUCUUCUGAGUUUGUUCAAAAGCACCAAAGAAAUCAAAAGUUUCACAGAACAUGAAAAAUUCGAAGAGCUCCAAUUACCAACCCGUUAUCUUAUUAUGAAAACACUUCUCAAGUUUGCUUAA